AUGUUUCACAGACUCAAUCACUCCGUCCCGGCCUUAAGGGCUCAUAGGCCAUGCCCUCACAGUAGCUGCAGCGUAGCUCCCAUCUUUCAUCUUUCUGACCUUACGCCUUGCCGGAUUGCUGUCAUGCAACACAGGGAGGCAACCACUUGUUCAAACCACACCAUAGCAGCACCACCAUACCAUCUCGUGAAAAGUGUAAGCAGUCGUUUUAUAAUGCUACGAUUUGCUAACACAGCUCCUUCACCCUCAAGUCCCAACUCUCAAGUCUUGGCGGCAGUGGAGAAGGGUGAAGAGUAA